UUCGGGGCAACAAUCAGCCGCGUCGACGCCGGGGACGUGAAUGGUGGAGUAAAAGCGUCCAUUCAGGGGAAAAGAGGUCUGAGGCAGACCGUUAUUGGAGCUUACAUGGAGAGCUGAAGCUAAAUAUGAGCUCAACGUACUCAAUGAUGUACAUAUCUCCCGUGCUGCUCUUGGUUUUGUAUGGAUCUCUCGGGUUUUGUGCAGCUGCACCUCGCGUCCGUGUGUACGAUGCUUCGUCGUCCAGGAAGUCCGGCUCAUCGCCCCCCCUGCAGCCGACCACCACCGCCUCCACCGCGGCCCCCGGGGCUCUGAAAACCCCCGUCCUGCAGGAGGAAACAGCCACGAUUCUGAGACAAACAAAGCGAUCCACCGACGCCCAAACAUCACUGCUUAUCCCGGAGAAAAUGCUCCAAACCCUGGUGUCCGUGCACUCCCAGCGCUCAGACAACGAUGCCCUGGCUCUGGAUAAUGUUUCUGCAUCCCUCACAUCAGUAAAUGAUGCUCAAGACGGCCUGUGUAACUGCAGCAGUGGCAGCGAGGGGAUUCUGGACCCAACCGACUGCAACCCCAGGACGGGUCAGUGUUUAUGUCUGCAAGGCUACGCCGGCCUGCAGUGUGAGGACUGUGCGGAGGGAUUCUUCACCAACGGCACCAGCGGCUGCCUGCCCUGCUCCUGCGACUCCUUCGGUGCAGAGAACCACCUCUGUGACAGCUCGGGGAUCUGUGUGUGCAAGACAGGAGUGUACGGUCCCAAGUGUGACGAGUGCCACCCAGGAUUCUUCCACUUCAGCAGCACUGGCUGCCGGCCCUGCCAGUGCAACAACCGCACCAACUACUGCCAUCCCCAGUCCGGCGUGUGUGUGAACUGUGAUGGAAACACCCAGGGGUCCAACUGUGAUGAGUGCCAGCCUGGUUUCUACCGCAGCUCCGGUUCUGGCUCCGGGUCCGGCCUGAGCAGAGCCUGCGCGCCGUGCCCCUGCUCCAGCUCCAACUCUAACGGGACCUGUCACACUGAUUCCAGGGGCUCCCCGGUGUGCGACCAGUGCCUCCCCCGCUACAGCGGCCCUCGCUGUGACCGGUGCAGCUCCGGCUUCCACCAGGCGUCCGGGGCCUGCGUCCCCUGCGACUGCAGCGGCAACGCGGCCCCUGGGAGUUCGGCCCCGCCCUGCCACCCGGAGACGGGUGACUGCCUGGGCUGCAUCAACAACACGGCGGGCCCCCGCUGCCAGCUGUGUGCUCCUGGAUACGUGGGCGACGCUCUGGCGCACAACUGCAGCCCAGCACCGCAGCUCAUCACUACAGAUCUCCCUCCCCCCAGUGAACCCCCCUCCACCUCGUCUCUGACCGGCUCCACCUGGACCUCCACCACAGAGUCCAGCAGCCGGAGCCCCGCCCCCACCCGGCCCCCCAGCCCCUCCACCAGCCAGGCCCUACUCACCAGCCCCGGCAGCACCACGGACAACACCACGGCCGCCCUCACCGAGGUGUCGUGGACGCAGUUCAACAUCAUCAUCCUGGCCGUCAUCAUCCUGGUGGUGCUGCUGCUGCUGGGCUUCGUGGGCGGCGUCUACACGUACCGCGAGUACCAGAACCGCAAGCUCAACGCCCCCUUCUGGACCAUCGAACUGAAGGAGGACAACAUCAGCUUCAGCAGCUACCACGACAGCAUCCCCAACGCCGACGUGUCGGGGCUGCUGGAGGACGAGGCCAGCGAGGUGGCGGCCAACGGCCAGCUGGCGCUGAGCACGCAGGGCAACUGCUACAAGGCCUAGCGCCGGCCGCCGCGCCGCCUCACAGGCCCCCAAGCUGCUGGAACAAACCAAAUCCAAAGCCCCUCUCUGAGCAACUGCUCGUUCUUAUUCCCCCGCUGGCCGUCAGCACUCUCAACAAUUGGCAAACGUAGCAGAAAUCAGAGAUACAGAGUUUCUAUUGGAAGCGUUUUUCCCUUUUUGAUGUAAUUUUGUAAUGAAAUGGGUAAUGAGAGAAAAUGGGAUCCAAAGAAAAUGCAGGUGGUUUGAGUUGGAGCCUGUAGAGGGCGCCGUCGUGCAGACGAGCCGUGACCCGCACGGGCGGGGGGGACUCCCGGGCUCUCGCAGGAGCUCAGCCUUUCAUAUAUUUUUCCAACAGACUUUGUACAUUUUAAGUUAUAACUGGAUCACUUGUCGAGCGAUCUGAAAAUUGAGACAAUGAUUGUUAUUUAAUGCAUUUUUUUAUGUUCUAAUUUAUUGGUUGACGUUUCUUUAUUGGGAGAAAUGCUGCACAUGUGUGAGGUUGAUUUUUAUCUGGUGUGCUGUUCACUGGCGCUUUAAACUAUGUCUUCAUGAACGCUCCGUGUACUCCGGAGGAAGUGUACGGAUACUUGUGGCACAAAGUCAUUGAUGACCUCACCUUUUAUUUAUAGCUCUCUUGUUUUACUCUGUUGUUUUUCUCUGUCAAAGCGUGUCGGCUCACCCGAAGAAUGUUAGGGGAGUGUUUGUUGUGGAUAAACAGCCGUUACCAUUCACUCAGCGGACACUACAGCAGGGAAGUGACACAUGCUUGUUAUCUAGUCUGCUCUUUGCUGCCUACCUCAGCAAAAGUUAAACCAACCGUGGGAACAUCGUUCCACGUUUAUGCAGAGGGUGGUGGUUCUGUGAGUCACACAAUUAGGUGAUUUCCUGACCAAAACAUGAGCGCCGUAGCUGUGUUGAUGCCGUUGUUCCGGAGCCUCCUGUUCUCACCCACCAGUUCCAAGCGCGUCGUAAAAUCAGUGCCGGACCCCGGACCCGGGACACGGACCCCGGACCUCGUGUUCUGUGUGUCAUUCAGGCUGCCAUUGGUAGGCUGCUUCUUUUUAUUCUGGUGAAAGAGUGAACCUAAUUGUUGCUAACUCCUCAGGUACUGGCUCUCUCCCUAAUGUGAUCACUGUAAAUAUUAUUAUUGAUGUACAGAUGAAUGUGAAUAGUAGCACUAUUAUUGUACAGGUAGGAGACUGUACGUCCACCUUCACUCGACAAGCUCCGGCCCGCUCACUCUCCAGGGGGCGAGGACGCGCUCAACCCACAGCUUUUUCUAUCGUGAUUUUAAUUUCCUAUUCUCAUCGGACUCUUCCAUAUGCACAGCCACGGGACUGAGGAGCACUCUGAAUCCACGACAAACAGGAAGGACCGUGUAAAUACUGCCCAAAUGUCAGAGCUCUGUCAGAACUCUCCAAUAAAAAUGGGUUUACCUGUUUCCUGUGUU